GGGGACAGCAAUACGUGGAGCACUGCCCGAAGCCUUGUGGAGGGCUGCUGUGCAUGGAGCACUGCCCAAAGCCCGGUGUACGGCUGCUGCCGUAGUGCCAUUAUUUGAGAUAUGUUCCUUCUGACGUUUCGGUGCUUUGCCCAUGAGUCCCAUGCGAACAGAAUUCUGUGUUGGCAUCUGUUUUGUUCAGCUGCGAUCAGUGGUACCCGGGGUUAAAGGUUGAAAGCAGCUUUUGGUUUCUGUAGCUGCCACCACAGACCCUGACCCAGGACUUCUCUAGGCAGCUUCGGUUUGGCUUCGAUGCCUCUUACAGCCUUACUGAUGUUACAAAUACUUCAGCAUCACCAUGAAAACUUGUUAGAUGUGAAAUGCUGUCCAAAUGAAAUCAAGGAUACAUUUUUUAAGAUACUUUGGGUGCAGUCUGUAAUUAAUCCUAGAUCUCCGUGACUCAUGCCAAAAAUAUAAAAACUUCUCAACUCUUACAUCGUUCUUGACUAGCUAUUUGUUUAUCCUUGAGUGAGCAUCUGAAAUUCCAGAUGUUUCCUGUGAGGAUUUAAUAUAUUUUAAGUAUUUCAGGCCAAAAAACUCCAAAAUCUAUAGUUAUUUCUUUUAAUUGAUUAAUUAAGAAUCCUGCUGGAGGAGCUGUUCAGAGCAUUAGUGUUUGGAGCUUCCGUAUUCCAUAACAAUGUACAUAAAGCUGGUAGACCAACUGCAUUCUGUUAUCUUUAUUAUAGAAUCGUUUGAGCUGGAAGAGUCCUUUAAAGGUUAUUUAGGCCAACCUCUCUGCAACAGAUAGGAAAGCUUAGGGCUGAGGGUUCUCUUAAACUUCACUGAGGGUUGCUUCUGCUGCCUGGCCUCCUGGUGCUCUGCUUCUCCCAGCGAUCUGCUGUCUGGGGGCAGAGAGGCUCUCCUUGCAGUGUGGUAAAGCACAGGUUGUUGCUGUGGUCAGUCUCUUCCAGUGCAAUGCGAGUUUAACAGGUAGUAGAAUGGCUUUUUUCCCAUAUAUUUCCACCUAGUUGCAGAAGGUUGCAGGCUGCUUUAGAGAUCUGUGUUUAUUUGAUUUUUGUCUGUUUGGGUAGCAUUGUGCCUUUAUCUUGAAAACUUGGGGCACCUUGCUCUCACAGCAGCCUGAAGUCCAGACAGACACUUGCCUGUGCUACUGCUGUCCUAUUGCUUUGGCAGAUCUUAUAAUCUUGGUGGGUGAUGAACUGCUGUUUUCUUAGCAGAGUAUGUGUUUUUCACAGUGCACUCUCAGGAAAGCAGAUCAUGUUUAUCACUGCUUCUCUGGGACGUACCUUACGUUGUGCUAGAUAACAAAUUGCUGGAUGGAGCCCGGAGAUAUGGCAUUGGUGGUGCCUGCUCUGCUCUCUCCCUUUGGUGAGAGGACAGGUGGUAGCACAGUUCAGAUGUAUUUGAGCUUAAUGUAGUUAAAAUUAAGAAGACUUUUAUUUAUAAUAUGGAGCUGUUAUUGGGGCUUGUUUUGUUCAUGCCCUUGUGGAUCCAAGGUAUGCUGGUACACCUCUGUAUUCUUGUUUUUUGGUCUCUGUUCCUCCUGGGUAGUACUGUAAGACUUCAGGUUGUGAAAGUAGGCUGUGAAAAAAGUCAGUUGUUCUAGCUUUAAUCAUUUCAGCAUUGUGGGAACUGCUGUUCUUCAUCCUUGUUCUGGUGAGUCCCUUUUCUCAGCUUCUGAGGUUUCAUAGCUUUGCCUGAACUGAAAGCCCUAAGCUCAAAUGCAUGUUUACGUGCUGUUCAUAAUGCUGAUAACAACCCUUCCUUCCUUCCACCUCCAGACAUUCGAGGUGUCUUCACAACUGAAGGAUGACUUGGCCUGUGAGCAACUGCUAAUUUAGAUCAGCAGCAAAACUUCCAUCUCCUGCUUUGACAGCAUUGAGUUGCAGAUGUCUGCAGUAGGACCUCAAGGAUGUUUAUCUUGCCUUUACCAUAUUUCUUAGAAUCUGUGUUCAUGUGGCCCCUGUGAUGGAAACCCAGGCUCCCCCAAGCUCUACAGACCCGUUUCUCUGAAGCUGAAUUUUGAUGCUGUGGUUAGCGCAGGAUUCCUGGCUCGAGGAGGGUUAAGUAACAGCUGUUGCAGUAUCCUGUCUUCCUGUCAUCAUGCAGACAGCUUGAAUGCGUUUGCCCUCAGUAUGGCUUGUUCAUUACCAAAGGAAUAUGGGUUCAGUAUCCUCAGGUGGGGAAGGCAGGACUGUCACUGCAUUAUGGGUGCUGAUGUGGAGAGGCUUGGCAGGGCUGUAGGCACUGCAGGGCCAGGCACGGGGCUUGGAGGAGCCUCCUGAGCUGUGGCAGGAGAAACAGAUGGAUGAGGUAAGUGCAGAACAGACGUGGGAACAUUCUGGGAUCAAGAUGAUCCCAGCAUUUGUAGGAUGACAGUGAAUACAAAAAUCUUUGUUCUAAAAUUGGCUGUCAAGAAAAGGUUGGAAGGAUCGCUAGUUGAAAACUGUAAAGUUAGUGAUGCUGUGGACAAUGAAGGACUCAUCCCAGCAGUGUGUUGUCACACCCGUUCCACUUGUGUGAGUGACCCCAGACUGUGGUUCACUGAGUCUUUGGAACUGUUUGCUAACAGAGCUCAGCAGUGAGCAUCUGCAGGCGUUCUUUCAAAGAGCCAUUGCUGCUUGGGAUCCUGACUUGAGUCGGGAGAUGCUCCAGCUGGAGACUGUCCAGCCACGCACUCGGGUUGGCAUUGAAAGUAAUGCUGUCCUAUCCCCAGUUAGACGGAUGGCUUCCCCAGUUUUAGUUGUUUUAAAUGGAUUCUAAGACCAGACUGCCCUUGAUUUGUUCUUUGGCCGUCUUAUCUGUCUCCUCUCCUUUUGCUUCAGUGGGUGUUCUAAAAUAACAUUCAUUUUCUUGAGUAAAUUUACUGAACUUCAUUUUUUGAAGGUUUGGGCUUGAUUUUUACCCUACUGCUUGCUUACUCAAUCUUCCACAGUAGUGCCUGCUUCAGUACUUCCUGAAGAGGGUACUGCAAACCAGAGCUGGGAAACAGUACUUGGGAGUUCCUCCCGUGUUUGUUUGGUUCUAAAGCUCUCACAUCACAGGGUUGUUCCUUGUGGGGAAGGGAGGUCUGAGGGAUGUCUGCAGCUGGCAGUUUGUUACAGACUUUCUAGCCUGUUUUUCAGGCUGGUCUCAAAUCUGUCUCUGUGCCUCUGGAUUAGCAAGAGUAAAACUCGAUAGCCUCACUGCAGGCUUCCACUUAAUUGAGUGAUGUUAAUGCACAGACUUCUCUUGUUUGGAAAACUGUAAUGUUCUUCUUGUUCCUUUUGCUUUCCAGUAGGAUGGCAUGCUGUUGGUUCUGUGCUCUUAGGUUUUUGGGCUGCUAAUAAAAAUAGCCAACAGACAAAAAACUUGUUUUUAGGCAGCUGAGACUUCCCACUGCACAGAAACUGUUCCACCUUGAGCUGCACAGAAAGCUGUCAGAUAUCUGUACUGACUUCAUAUGCAAACUGGAACAUCAGAGCAAUGACCUUUGUUAUAGUUUAUAGCCUUGCAAAGAAGGAAUCCCUAGUAAUUCCUGCAGUUCCGUACUGAUCUGUAAAAAGGGAAAGGGGUCAGAAAUCUGUUCUUUGGCCACCAGCUGCUGGUAUGCUUGCCAGCAGAAUGAGGGAAUAGCCAUAGUGCCUCACAGCAGGAAGCAAGGAUGAGCUUUGUAUGUGAGCCCCUGAAUUCUCUUUUGGGCACUGUGUGUUUGGGGGGCAGGGAAGCUGUCCCUGAUAGUGUCAGCCCACCUCUUCAAAGCCAGGUGGUACGUCUGCUGAGCAGCUUGCUGUGGCUGUUACUGUAGGGUCUGGUGUGCUCCUCUUACAGGAGAGCUGUUUGUACAAAGGUGCUUUGGGUAUUCCUAGGCGUGCAUAGGCUUCAUAUCCCAGCAUGUGCAAAAUGAUGGCAUAGUGAAGAGAAGGUCACACUCUCCUUAGUUACUGAUGGGGGUCACUUGCAGUGCUUAGUCCUUCAGAGCCACCUUUGGGCAGCUUAUUUGUCAGAGUUCUGAUUGUCAGCUUGCCACAGCCUGAAGAGAAGGGCUAAAAUCAGUCAGGUUUGUGCAUUGCUAAGAUUGGUUGGUCUGGGACUUAAGCAGCCAUUCCCAACAGAAGGGUAGCUAACCUGAAGUCAAUGACCAAAUUGUUGUUUAGAAUGUCUAGUAAGAAUGCUGCUUGCAAUACUGCUUGCUUAACACUAUGAUCUCAUUAUCCAAUUAAAAAAAAAAAUCCUUCAAAUCUAAGCAUCUUAGCAGUGACAGCAGGAACUGCCAUAGCAGGGAGAAGUACCAGUGUAGGUACUUCAGCAAUCUGUAUUCUGUGCCCAGCAAUGGAUUUACAAGCAAAGUUCUAUCAGUUUAUGAUUAUACAGGAAUGCUUCUUGGUCAUCUCAUGUAAAUUUGUUCCGAAUAAAGCUAAUGUAUUUCUCUUCCAACUCCAGGAACAUUCAAACUUACAAUAGAAUUCACAGAAGAAUAUCCAAAUAAGCCACCUACUGUUAGAUUUGUCUCUAAAAUGUUUCAUCCAAAUGUCUAUGCAGAUGGUAGUAUAUGUCUGGAUAUUCUUCAGAAUCGUUGGAGUCCUACUUACGAUGUCUCUUCCAUCUUAACAUCCAUACAGUCUCUGUUGGAUGAGCCAAAUCCUAACAGUCCAGCAAACAGCCAGGCAGCUCAACUAUACCAAGAGAAUAAGCGGGAAUAUGAAAAACGGGUUUCUGCAAUAGUAGAACAGAGUUGGCGUGAUUGUUGACCCAGGAUGAUGCAAAUGAACACUCUGGUGAUGAGGAAAGUAUAUGAAGUGUCUGAGUCAUCUUCAUCCUAGCAUCACUGCAUUUACUUUGAAAGCAGAAUAGCUGUUGUGCCGUUGCCACCCUCCCUUGCUGAAGCUUCUUCUCCUUGGACAUAAUAAAGCACCCACUUUGAAGUCAAAUGUACUGUACUUGGGUUACUUGCAAAAGAAUUACUGAUGCUGAAUUCAUUUUCUGUGGUCCCUCUCCAGUCUUAGGGCAGUAUUGUGCAUUUCUGUAGUGUACACUAAGCUUUUAAUUGUAAUUGUGUUAUACACAGUGAUGCUUAUGUGUAGCUUGACAAAAGGGAUGUUUAUAUACAUACACAUUUUUUAACUGAUAUUACUAAAGUGCUGAUCUGUCCAGGCUGGUCAUUUACUAUUGGUUUAGACCCCACUGCAUUUGUAAGUACUGAGUGAAGAAGUAAUGUUUUUUUUCUUCAUAUAUAUUGGUUUCCCAGCUCUUAACUAGUUUGUAAGAACGCCAGUCACUUCUACACUUCACAGGCAAGAUUUAUGUACAGAUAUACAUAAAUCACUUCAGGUGUGGUACUUUGAUCUUGGGGUGAGAAAUAAAACCUUUUGUUUUUGUUUUUUUUUUAAAGUAAAGUAGUGUUUUAAGGGACAUGCCCAUGGAGACUGCUCCACUGAGUUUCUGUAGUCCUGUUACUGAGGUGUUACUGGACAACAGCAGAUAGAGCUGUGGUACUCUUGAGUUAGAGUCCUUCCAUAUUAAGGAAGAGGUAAAACCUGAAGUGUUCCAGAGGUGGAAUUAUUCUCCUUUUAGUGUCUUUCCCUCCCUUUAUCUGAGAAAGAUAAGUUAUUUGGUAUCCAGCUUUGCCUUGUGGAAAGUUUGAAUAAACUAUGGGGUAGGCACUUCAGUCUCUGCAGUUCCCAAUCUUUGUAGUUUACUGUGGUUUAUGUGAGCUACUGCUGCAUGCUUGAGUUAGUUUCUCUUCAAUUUUAUCAAAGUAUUUUUCAACUCUGAGAAAACAGUUGUUAAGUCCAGACUCACUUUUUUGUACGGCUAAGUUUGUACAUUUGGAUACAGUUCCUUCAGCAGCAGUGUGGGAUGAAACCUACAAUUGUGUUGUCCAAUGUUCCAGUGUCUUUUGUGUGCACAUUGGUCUGUUAGUUAAGAAGUAUAACUUUGCACAAGUAACCCAUGUAAGAAACUGUACAUUUUUCAAAACUUGUAAAUAAAGUGUAACCUUAAUGCUUAUUGUAUAAAUAGG